AGAGAGAGAAGGGCAUCCCCAAAGUCCAAAGCGAUGACGACGUCACCUCAACACAAUAAUGUGUCGUGCGAACUGCAAAUGAUGAGUCAUCAUUGUUGUGAUCGAGUUUGUGGCUAAUCUUUUUUGAGGCGCUAUAUUUGAUUUUCUUGACUUGACUUUUGUCACAUACACAACACAUGAUACACAAUCUGUCAAACCAAAAUUUCGCGUUCACAUUCGUUCUCUAAGAAAAUAAUGAAUUAUUCGUUUGGGAUACAUCGUGUGUAAUAUCAUAUGAUUAUUUGGUAAUCUAUGAAGAUUUCAUAACGUCAACAAACAGUUGUGGAACUACGUAAAUUGCUGUGAAUUGUUUGUUUAUUGGAUUUUGUGUACGAACUGAUGACGAUGAAGCUAGAAAUAAGUGAUAGUCCCUCAAAUCAAUCAGACUUUUCCUGUGAUAGUCAAUCGUCACAAGGAUCUUCUACAAAUGACUACAUUUCCUCGAUCCCAACAUCAAGAUCGCUUCUUAUGUUGGCAAACCUCGAAGGACUCCAGUCAGGAGUCCCGACCCGCACGACGGCGACCAUCACCCCCACUCAGUUGCGGAACUUCGAGCAGACGUACAUCGAGCUGACCAACUGCCGAAGCGAACCAACCACUCACGUCGGCUUCGUACCACCUUCAGUCACGCACGCCAACAAUUACGGUAUUCUAAAUUCGGUGGGAUACUGUGAUUCGGGCCCGACGACCGCGCUGCACGUGUCGCCGGGCCCGCUCUCCGCUAGCGGCGACAGCAGCAGCAGCCCUGGUCUCCCGGCGCCGAAACGACGCAACAUGGGCGGUCGUAGACCGAACAAAGCACCGCAGGAACUAUCGCCCGAAGAGGAAGAACGAAGAAAGAUACGCCGCGAAAGGAACAAGAUGGCGGCUGCGCGGUGUCGCAAACGCAGACUCGAUCACACUAACGAACUGCAAGACGAGACCGAUAGAUUGGAGCAAAAGAGACAGUCGCUCCAAGAGGAAAUAAGAAAAUUAAACGCGGACCGGGAGCACCUUCAAACGAUAUUGCAGAACCAUAUGAUAACGUGCCGGCUCAGCGACCGCUCUUCGAGUCCGCCGGACGUGAAGCCCCUCCAGGAAGUUUACACGUAUCCGGACCCGGAGGACGGAGUUCGAGUCAAAACCGAAGUCAUAGACCCCACAGUCGACCCAGUAAUGCUGGGGUUGGAUAACAUUUUCACAACACCGUCGACCGAAAAAAGGAUAAUGCUGUCUUCGGCCAACCCUGGCGUGGUGACGAGUGGGGAUACGGUCACGUUGGAUACCCCGCCCGCUAUUUCUCGACCCAAUAGGCCUAAUUCACUACAAGUACCGCUCAGUCUCACACCUGCACAGAUACACAACAACAAAGUACUCGGGAACAGCAAAAUAGCCGGCAUCGAGAUCAGCACGCCCAGCAACGGCAUGUUUAACUACGAAAGCCUCAUGGACGGGGGCACGGGGUUGACCCCAGUGCUUCCCCACCCGCUGGGACACGCGCACGCGUACGUGGUCCCCCCGCGCCCCGCCCCGCCCGGCGCCGCCGACCCCCCCGAGCUGGUGUCGCUGUGACCCCCGACCCUGCUUAUCGAACUCUAGAGGACGUCCUCGCUCAUCGUGUGCUUUGUGUUUCUGACUAGGGCGGCGCACGCGUCGACCCGCGACCCGUGUACCGAAGCGAAUAUAGUAUAUAUAUAUAUUUUUUAUAUGAAGAAGUUGUAUCGCUGCAGUAGUAAUUGUAAUAAUAAUUGUGAUGUCGAUAAUAAAACAGAGUUUUAUUUGAAGCGUUUCAGGGAUGCGUUUUCGUGUUGUGCUAGUCCGGCGAGGCUGGAUUCGUUCGGUGCGUUUAUUUAUAUAAGUCAGUAAGGAUCUCUGUUACUGUUGAAUUUCUCGGCACAGUUUUAUCGUUUUGUCCUCGAAAUGUCUCGUCAUAAUAAAAACCUCGUGCCAUUACCGUUUCUGCAGUCAGAAUUUUAUUCAAUUAUAAACAUAAAUACAUACGUGUAGUUAACCGAACUAACAGCAAUAUUACUUAAAGAUUAUAUUGAUAAUAUAUUGAUUGUAAGUUAGCUCAAUGUUGAUGUGUAAUGUUUUACCGUUCCAUUGGAUAAGGUAUUGGUAUAGUAACGUUAUAUUAUAAUGUUAAACCUUUGUGAUACGUCCAGUGUUCGUGUCGCGGUCCAAUAUCCGCGGCCUCGCUCCCUACAUACUACUCAUGCCAUUACUCAUUACAUUUAUAAUAAUUAUGUAUACUGUACAUGCCUUAAUAAUGAACUGCAUUUGAAACAAAUAUGUAUUAACAAUCUUAAUAGUAUUAAUUAAAUGACAAGAAAAUUGUGGAAAAAAAAACGUAGGAAGAAAAAAAAAUUUACACAAUUUUGGCAUGAGACUAGAUUAUAUGAUUAUUGGUGAUGACCACUGGAAUAUAAUUAGUUUUAGGGCGUUAGCUUAAGAUCACUUAACAUUUUAAUUGUAAUAUGCAUAACUUAGACCAAAUUAUUAUUUUAUGUGCUUUAUUAUAGUUUAAAUUAAAAUCUAAGCCAAAUAUUGAUUUUAUGUCGUUAGUUUUUAGUUUUAGCCAUUUCCUUUAAAGUAUUAUUGCGUUGGCGGCAAAGAUGGCGGAAAGUAUUUAUUUUGUAUAAUAUGAGACAAAACGCUGAUCAUUUAAAAAAAGAAUGUACAGUGCAAUAAUUAAUAUUAUUAUUUACCUAGGCAAUUUACCCG